UCCAACUCUACUCGAACAAAAAGACCUGCUAGGCUGCUACUCUCUUUCAAACCCUGCUCACUACUAACUCUCUCUCUCUCUCUCCCUUCACUCUCGACUCGUGUUCUUCCACUUACUUCACUUGGCUUCCUCUCUGUUUCAGAGAGAGAGAGAGAGAGGGAGGCAAAACCCUUGUUGUCAAAAAUGGGUUCUUUACAGUAUGAAGUGACCAACCUACUGUUCGGUAAGAUCAAGGCUUUGGAGCCUGAAAAUGCCAUUAAAAUCAUGGGUUUUCUUCUUAUACAAGAUCUCGGGGAGAACGAUUUGAUGCGCUUGGCUUAUGGCCCUGAUACCCUCUUGCACUCUUUGAUUGUCAGGGCUAAAAUCCAGUUGGGACUUUGUUCUUCUUCAACUUCAUCUUCUACUCCCUCUUCUCCUUCUCCUCUGAACCCAAUAGCCAGACCUAGCAGCAACCCAUUCUCUCAGUCCUCUCCUAGAAUCCCAAACGGUGCUUUUGACUUUGGGAAAAACCCAUCUUCUCCUUCCUCCAAUUCUUGGCCUCUUCCUGCUUUUUCCAACAACUCUAUCAGCCCCAAGUCCAGUCCUCUUCUGUCUUAUGACAACAUCCGCGCCGGCGCCGGACCCGGGUCGGUUUCACUUCCCUUGCAUUCCAAACACUCCGCCAAGGACGGUGAUGUUUGGUCUGGGACUACAGACCUCAUUGACGAGCACCAACUCAAUGACUACUUGUCUUUCCUCAAUGAGUCCUCCUCGUCUUCCAGGCCGGAUGAUUUCAUUGAUCCCCGGCUUGAAUUGGGUCAUGGGGUCCCUGAAUGGGCUCAUUCUCUCAACAAUGGGGACUCCCCUCUUCACAGGAGGAGCUUUUCGGCCAGUGACGCCUGUUUCGGGACUGAGGAUGCCGCAUUGGGAGGUGGGUUCAAGCCCUGCCUUUACUUUGCUAGAGGGUUUUGCAAGAAUGGGAGCAAUUGCAAGUUUGUGCAUGGCGGUUUCGGUGAGGCGGUUGAUGUUGGUAGUGGUGGCAUUGUGGGUUCCCCGAGUAAGUUUGAUGGGUUCGAGCAGCUACAGCAUGAGGAGAUGCUGAGGUUGAAGGCUGCUUCCCAGCAGCAGAGAUUGGCUGCUGCUGCUUCUCAGUUUAUGGCUGGAGGGCCGUCGUCUCCUUACAGCAAGUAUAUGAAUUUCCUCUUGCAACAGCAGAACGAUCCCCAAAGAGCUGCGGCAAUCAUGAUGGGGGAAGACUUUUACAAGUAUGGGCGGUGCCGAGCUGAGAGGAAUGACCUUUUGGCAAUGGCUUCUGUUGAGAAGGCCACUUCUGCAUCCAGGCAGAUCUACUUGACAUUUCCAGCUGAGAGCACGUUUAGAGAUGAAGAUGUUUCAGAAUACUUCAGCAAGUAUGGUCCAGUUCAAGAUGUACGAAUUCCAUACCAGCAAAAAAGAAUGUUUGGGUUUGUUACAUUUGUUUACCCAGAAACUGUCAGGCUCAUAUUGUCCAAAGGGAAUCCACAUUUUAUAUGCGAGUCACGUGUUCUUGUCAAGCCUUAUAAGGAGAAGGGAAAAGUCCUGGAUAAGAGGCAACAACAGUAUCAAGAGAGGGGAGACUUUUCACCAUGUUUGAGCCCUGCUGGUCUUGAUUCUAGAGAUCCAUAUGAGCUUCAACUUGGAGGAAGAAUGAUGUAUGAUACACAGGAGAUGUUACUGAGGAGAAAAUUGGAGGAGCAAGCUGAAUUGCAGCAAGCCAUUGAACUCCAAGGGAGAAGACUAAUGAAUCUGCAGCUGCCUGAUUUCAAGAAUAACCGCUUACCCCAGCAAUAUGUACCCCAUCACUUCCGCAGUCUAUCUAUGGGUGCAUCUGUUCCCUUGAGCCCUCAGUCUCAUGCCCAGGUCAAUCAGAACGUCAUUCCAUUUGAUGGCAUCAAACAGGAAGUUGCAGAAGGGCUUGGUGAUAUGCCGACUGCCGCAUUUUCUAUGUCUACCGUUAUUUCUGAGCAGCAACUCCAGAAGGAAGUUAACAAUGCCAACGAUGAAGCCAAGGAGCAAGGUGCAGAUGUUGAAGCUCAUGAUCUUCACGAAUGCAGUGUGGAGCAGGUCCUUCCCGAUAGCCUUUUUGCUUCUCCUAAGAAUUCAGGUGGAGAUCAUACUGCAGCUGAAGAUCCGAAUGAGACUAUCAUAGUUUCUGAAAACAACUCAUCAACAUCUGUCAAUUCUGCUACUUGCGCAGCUUCUCAGUAGUGCACCUCCUAAUGCCAAGGGGCUGCCGCCGUUGCUUUCCAUUCUUUUGAAGUGUAGCUAAUAAUGGUGAGCAUGGCAGUAGGGAUUGACUUAGGAAAAGUAGGAGAAGCACAUAAAAGGAAGACAACCUCUAGAUGUAUAGCUGAACAAUACCUACAUCAAAGAGUAGAUCCAUAGAGAAGAUCUCGAUGACGACGAGUUCUCCAGUGUCAUGAAUACAACAUACUGCUAACAGCAAGCAAAAUAGAUAUUUUGAUACAUAAUGGGACUAGUGAGAAAGUAGGGUUUCUCUCUCUCUUGUACCAAUCUCUGUAGGUAUGUGCUCCGACCACACAAGCUAGAGCAGAACAAGUAUAAUAUUAGCUAGUUUUGUAUCUUUUUUAUGACAAUUAUCUACUAUAUAAAACACUUCUCGUCCUCUACCACAUUGUUUGG